AUGGCUUCUCCCAGGGAAAUGGAACCAGUUGGCCACUACCAGCAGAUGGUUGAGGAACCUUCGAACGCUGGAGACAAGAAAGUCAAGCUCUCCCCCGAGAGCGAAAAUCCAGGGGCGUUCUCUAACAACGGGCACGCCAAACAGCACAAAAAGCCCAUCCGCAGCUCGAAGAAGAGAGCAGACAUACAAGCCUCGAUCAAGGAAAGAGAAGACUGUUUAGAGCCAGCGGGAUGCGUGUGGGCUGGAUGCCUGGGGGCCGAAGUGCUAUUUGCCGACCUCCUGAAGGCACUCAAGCGACCGGAAAUCACAAAUCCCUGCUAUCUCAAAGUGGAAAACACAUACAGCGAGGUUCUCUUUUGCAGAUGCUUCGCAAAGCAGAAAACUGUCUUCAUCUUCCGCUUUGGCUGCGUGGUGGCUUGGGAUGUCAACAUGGAGGAACAAAAGGCCCUCAUCGCCUUCAUGCAUCCCUUCCUCAAGGAGCCCCUGGGCGACAGGAAAGAAGAUGACACGAUGACAUAUGUGUGGGGAGACCGUGCAACUAUCAAGGCAGACAGCAUACACCUCGUCACAACUAACGUCUUUGAGUGCCUCGCCUAUUCCUACGCCUUUGCACAGAGCGUUAAACUUGCUCUCUUCGAGACGUUGGUUGACGCGGAUAUUGAACGAACGAAAAUGAUUCCAGAGAGUCUGGCAAGGACUGGAAACAUACAGUCGACGCGCGAGGAUAUUGGCCGCAGGAUUGGCGAGCUUUUCGUCAACAGGUUCUACAUUAACCUCCACACAGACAUCCUGGACACCCCAGAUAUUUUCUGGGACAACGAUGACUUUGCUGAUCACUACGAUCAUUGCCGCCGCUACUUGGAAAUACCGAAGCGCGUAGAAAUUUUGAAUCAGAGACUAGAUAUUAUAAAGGACCUGUACGACAUGCUGAACAACGAGCUAACCAUUCAGCAUGGGUAUAAGCUGGAGUGGAUUGUUAUUUACCUCAUUUGCAUUGAGGUGCUGAUUGAAGUUGUCUGGAAUAUUUUGAUCAGAGAUGUGCUAAAAUGGGUGUAA